AUAAGGAAAGGAUGAAAAUGUAGACAAGAAAAUUGACGAAUCUAUGAAGUCCACGCCGUUAACUAGCAAUACGGUCCGUUUCCCAUUUCCCAAGAAAACCUUUCAAAUACGCCAUUUCUUCCCAUACUUUCUCUCACCUCUCGCUCUCUCUCUCUCUCUAGCCCUCUUUCCAUUAUUUUCAUAUCCAUUUAUACCAACAACUUGCAUCAAACCAGAUAAUUAACUUCACCCUAGAACGGGAUAUUUCUUCCGCAACAUCAAAUUUCUUUCUUCACCAUAUAUCCCGUUCAUUUAUUUUUCUUUAUCGUAAUUCUUAUUUUAUAAUUUAAAAAAAAAAAAAAAAAUGAAUUCCAUCACGUUGAUGAUCAUGAAGCCCUGUUCCAGAAUCAUGUUCGCCGCCGCCCCCUUUCCCAAAUCCCCCAAUUUUCCCUCCAAUUUGUGUGUUUCCCGAUUGAAAACCUACAAAUUCUACGGCACCUGUUCGCCUCGUUUUUCCGGUGUGAAAGCCGUUUUCAACGAAUCUCGGAAGGAAUAUUCCGGCGGCAAGAGAAUCGCGGCGUGGGGCCAAUCGAGAAUAUUCUCACCCCCGACCACCCACAGGCCCCCCUACUAUGUGGUCGCCACUCUCGCAUCGGAUAUCAGGAAUUUCUCGACAUCGAUCGAAACGCGCGUGAACGACAAGAAUUUCGAGAGGAUUUACGUGCACGGCGGUGACCUAAAUGUGAAGCCGGUUGUCGUCGAGAAAAUUGAUUUGGAUGAAAAUAUUGUGAAGAAUGAGGAGGAGGGAAAAAAGGGGAUUGAAUUUGAGGAAAUUGGCAAUUGCGAAUUGAAAAACGAGGGUUUGAACGGCGAAAUCGAGAGUGUGGAGGUUAUCGGUAGGGAGGAAUCGGAGGUCGAAAAGGAGGCGUGGAGGCUGUUGAGAAACGCGGUUGUGAGUUAUUGCGGGAGCCCCGUCGGGACUGUGGCUGCGAAUGACCCGAACGAUAAAAUGCCCCUUAAUUACGAUCAGGUUUUUAUUCGGGAUUUUAUUCCGUCGGCAUUCGCGUUUUUGUUGAAGGGGGAGGGUGAAAUCGUGAGGAAUUUCUUGCUUCAUACUCUGCAGUUGCAGAGCUGGGAGAAGACUGUAGACUGUUACAGUCCAGGACAAGGAUUGAUGCCAGCUAGUUUUAAAGUUAGAACAGUUGCUUUAGAUGAUAACAAGUUCGAGGAAGUUCUCGAUCCCGAUUUCGGGGAGUCAGCUAUUGGCCGCGUUGCCCCUGUUGACUCUGGACUGUGGUGGAUUAUAUUAUUGAGAGCUUACGGGAAGCUGACGGGUGACUACACACUGCAAGAAAGGGUGGACGUACAAACGGGAAUAAAAUUGAUUUUAAACCUAUGUUUGUCCGACGGUUUCGAUAUGUUUCCGUCUCUACUUGUCACUGAUGGCUCUUGCAUGAUUGAUAGGCGCAUGGGUAUUCACGGUCAUCCUUUGGAGAUUCAGUCCUUGUUCUACUCGUCUCUUCGAUGCGCACGUGAGAUGCUUACACCAGAAGAAGGCUCCAAAAACUUGGUGAGGGCCGUAAACAACAGGCUGAGCGCACUAUCGUUUCACAUAAGAGAGUAUUAUUGGGUUGACCUAAAAAAGAUCAACGAAAUAUACCGUUACAAGACGGAGGAAUAUUCCACGGAAGCCACAAACAAGUUCAAUAUAUAUCCUGAACAAAUUCCUGAUUGGCUGAUGCAUUGGAUUCCAGAGGAAGGCGGUUAUAUGAUAGGGAAUCUUCAGCCAGCUCAUAUGGAUUUUAGAUUCUUCACGCUCGGAAAUCUUUGGUCGAUUGUGUCCUCUUUGGGUACUCCGAAGCAAAACGAGGCUAUACUGAAUAUGAUUGAAGCUAAAUGGGACGAUCUUAUUGGUCAGAUGCCUCUUAAGAUAUGUUACCCUGCUUUGAAGAAGGAGGAGUGGCGAAUUAUCACCGGAUCCGAUCCUAAGAAUACGCCUUGGUCAUAUCAUAACGGUGGCUCAUGGCCGACUCUACUAUGGCAGUUCACAUUGGCAUGCAUGAAGAUGGGUAGACAGGAUCUGGCAAAGAAGGCAAUUGAUUUAGCCGAAAAAAGGCUGUCUGCAGAUCACUGGCCCGAAUAUUACGACACUAAAAACGGGAAAUUCAUAGGAAAGCAAGCCCGUCUCUACCAAACAUGGUCCAUUGCUGGUUUUCUUACAUCUAAGAUGCUUCUAGAGAAACCAGAGCUGGCUUCCGUUCUUUACUGGGAAGAAGACUACGAUCUUCUCGAAAACUGUAUCUGUGCUUUGAGCAGCUCUACUCGUAAGAAAUGCUCACGCAUGCUCGCCAAGUCUCAGAUUCUUGUCUGAUUUAUUACAGAUCAUAUUUUUUGUUUACUUUUUUUGUUUUCUGCUGUACAGAUUAUAUAGAUUUAGGAGUUGCGUUUAUUCGACACAAAUUUGUUCAACUAAUAGUUGAAUUUGUGACGGUUAAUGGUCUUAGGUAUUUGAAUAUAGUUGCCGUUUUUUGGGGGAGCUAUAUAUAUUGUUGUAUGUAUGUAUACAUACUAGAUAACAGAUUCACUCGAAUCAGAUUUGAAACCAUCGAGUGUAUUUUGUGUAUAUGGAUUCAGUUUAAUAAAGAUUUGAGAUUAUAGUUUUAUUUCA